UUUUACCGACAGAACCAAAACCACAUUCUGGUGAAAUAUGUCGGUUUUGCUGGGAGAUUUGUCGCAGUUCUAUACUUCGACACAUCGAAAGGGUCUUGCUUUGAAAUCAUCAUUCCAUUAUCGGCAGCUGAACACUCCGGUCGAUUAGAUUCCACCGGAAAGAUCUCACGUACUUGUCAGGAUCAUAAUGUUACAUAUCAAAUACCCUUCUUUGUGCAGUUUUCUUGCGUUUUACGUAAGAAUCUUCGGUUCUUGAAUCCAUUGCUCAUUGUUCAGCAUCAGGAAUCAGGAUAGAUAGCAAGCAACGGUCAACGGAGAGGAGGGGGGGAGGGGGCCGUCAGCAGUUUACAUCCAAAACGACAAUGGGUUCGGUCGUUUUCGUCAUCUACGCAGUGGUAGCAGUAGCAGGUGAGAUUAGGUGAUCUUCUCCCUUCUACCUCCACACUCGCUAGUUUCUCUCUCCUUCGCGCCUUUCGUAUUUAAGCUCUCGAAGCUCCGUCCAUGGCGGAAUAUCCCCGAGAUUUCGUGGGUCAAACGCGAAUAGAGGAACGAUGAUUCGCAAUCUCUUCUCGUCUCUGACACACCGAUUCGCUUUGCGGAUUCCCCUCGUUAUUUACGGCGCCACGUGGACGGCGUUACUUACGCUCACCGUUGCUGUCAUCUCCUUCGCGCCGGAGCUCGCGUUUGUGUCGGCGAUUUCUCCGUCGCUGCCAGCAGAUGAUGCUUCUUCGCGGUGGCGGCGGUGCGGAUCCGACGGAGCCCUUAUGCUUCCACUGGAUUUUCCGUCGGAGAUGUUCUGUUUUCCGGCGAGUAUGUUCGGGAGGUCGAAGGUUGACCUGGUCGUUCCUCCGGUGUUCUCGGCGAUCGUCGUUGCGGUUUCCGCCGUCGUUGUACGAACAAUGGGCCUUUGGGAGUCCGAUGAGGCCCACUGAUUUCGGCCCACUUUGAUGGUCAUGGCCCAUAACCCAUUUAAAUUUAAUGUUUUUUUAUUUAUUUCUUACGUCUUGAUUAAAUAUUUUACUCUUUUUUGUUUUCAAUUUAAUCUGAAUUUAGCCACGAGUGUUAAAAAUUGUGAAAAAGGUAAUACAUUACGUGUAUCUUUAA